AGGGCCCCGCCGCUACUCCUCUUCCGGAAAGCUCCGCAGGAAGCAGCCCGUCCACCCCCUCCCCAAGCGCCUGGCCAUUCGGAGCCGGGACGGUAAGCUCCGCGACCAUCGACUGCAAGGAAGUGUUCGACCGGCUGGUUCGAGCGCAGGCGGCUAUCAACGGGGCCGGCAGGGGAUCGGCCGAGGAGGGGGAGAGCAGGAGGAAGAACCCAGAUGCGGAACAGGUGGAAUCGUCGCGCCCCAGGGAGGCGCUCUGGAGCAAGCUUAAAACCUUAUUCGCCCGCAAGGUAUAUCCUGGUUCUCGCUUGUGAUUCAUCGGUUCGUCUGUGCAUUUGUGUGCCAUUCUCAAUUGCUCUGGAUGCGGAUCGUUGAAAUCCUGGGGGAUGAUUUAGAGUAAACAGAAGCCGAAUCUUUGGGCCAAGAGUGUACCGAGCAUUCCAGUAGCUACGGAUGUGGAAUCGGGAUUAUGGAUUUUCCUUCUUGAUGCAAGAACUUGGUUACACCCAAUCUGGAUUAAUUUCGGGGCUAAUGCCUGCAAUCAAGGCAAGAACUUGGUUACAGAAUGACGAUGUGGCAUCCUAGAGUAGAGGGGGAAUCUUGGACUAAUGUUAGGAGUGGCUUGGUCUUUUGAUUUUGCCAAGAGCACAGGCUUCCUUGUUGCUUGUCGGUCUUCCCGCAGUGUGGUAUUUGAAACAAAUGGCUAUCUUGUUGUAAUUGCUUCAAGUCUGUAAAUUGUGGGGAAAUCAUGAGGUAUGUCCCUAUUACUGCAAUAUUUUGGUACUAGAGCUUGAAUAAUCAAACUUGAGCUUUCUUUCUAACCAAAUGUUGUUAUCAGAAAUUUAAUCUAGACAGUUACUUGAGAUUGCAUAACUUGGACAUAGUUUCUGUAAACCAUUUGGCAUUUACAUAAAAAAUCGCUGACCUCCUACUAUGCAGUUUUGUGGACAAAUUCACCAUUUGGUUGAUUGGUACCUGGAACUUGCUCAGAAGCCUCAAAUUAUUCAUGUUGUUGAUAGAGAAAAAUGGGAAAUGUAUGAGGAACAUGUGGGUCGCCAGACAAAUCCUAUCGCUGAAGUCUUUGAUUAUUAUCGUGUUCCCGAAGAUAUGGCUAUUUGUCUGAAUCUUGAUGCCUAUUUGAGAUUCAGACCGGUGUAUGGAGAUGGGGAGUGUUUCUACAGGAGCUUCAUAUUUUCCUACCUUGAGCAAGUUCUUGAUAGGCAGGACACACAUGAGGAACACCGCCUCCUUGAUACCAUUAAUAGAGUGUCUACGCAACAUACAAAUCUUGGAUGGACCUCCUCUGGGUUUCGCAGGAGCUACAAAGCAUUUAAGAAGCUGAUAAAGAAAGUAAUGGGAUGGAAGAGACAGGGCAGGUGGAACAGCAUAGCAUCACCUAACAGCUACCGUAAAGAGAAACUUCUUGCGUUCUUCAGCACCUACAAUAAAACGGAAGACAUUUUUGUUUUCCUCAGAUUAGUAGUAGCUAUCCAGAUCUGCUCGCACGCGGAAGAGUAUGGACAGCUUAUCACUGGGCUCAGCCAACAUUACACUCUGAAAGAUUGGUGCUUUUUGUACGUCACCCCAGCUCGUGAGUUUACGGACCAUAUUAUGAUGACGGCCUUGGCCAGAGCGCUUGAGGUACCCCUCAGACUGGAGCGGCUCCAUGGAGUAGGAUCUGAUGAAGAUAACAUCUACACUGGGCCUGGAGAUGUGAGUGUGACGUUGCUGUACACGGGUAAUCACUACGACGUCAUCUACCCACGUCCUGUGCUGGUAGAACAUCCUGCUGAUUAGAGUUCAAGUCAACAGAUUCUGCUGUGUUGAAGUUGAGUUUGGCUGCUGCCUAUGAACGAGAGCGUUGCUGGGUUUGGUGGUAGAGAAUUAGACACGGACUGAUGUAGUAGGAGUAGGCAUGGCAUAAACUUGUGCAUUCUUCUUCUGUUUGCCCAAACUGCUGGUGCCGAUUGAUUGAUCACAGGAUGCUCCCUUGUCUGAAGAAGAGCGGUGUGUUGUAUUUUGUUUGAAUUUUUGGCUGGUAUAUAUACAGUGAAUCUUUGGUUAUCACACUCAAACUUCUUAA